AUUUUACAGAGCAUGGUGGGCUGAUCAGUAUGCAGCUGGAGUGCUUCGUGGUAUCUCUGACACACUAGGCAGCAGUUUUGGGACAGGAGGUUUACCUACAGAAUUAACAGAGGUUGCAUAUACAGUAUGAUUUCUGGAGCCUUGAUAUAUUCAUUGAUGGUGGGAAAUGUGGCAGCCAUGGUAUUAAAUGCAGAUGCUUCAGGGCGCACGUACAGACAAGAGAUAUUUCGGAGUUGAGUGAAGAGCCAAUGAGCCGGCAUCUGCUGUGGACCUGUUGCACCGGUAGCCAAACUGGAGUGGAUCCACAUCGCUUCUGAAGCAGGAGUUGAAAUGUUUCAUCACCAACCUCUCAAAAAAAUUCAUCACUGUGGAUGCAAGUGCUACUGGACGAUAGUCAUUGAUGCGGGUUACCACGUUCUUCUUAGGCACCAGUAUAGGUGAAGACUGCAUGAGCAGCACCAUGAGCUUCACUCUGACUCAGAACCUGAAGGGAAAGCAACGAUUCAAGACCGAGCGGCCCCACGACUAUAUUUAUGAUCCCCUAUAUGUGUUGUCUAGCGAGAAAGACCAUGCCAAGAUGACCAUGAAGGCAUUCACAUCUAUCAAUAGAUUUAAAAAAAUACCUGAAUAUAACAGCAUGUUCAGUAAUUUACAACAUUUCCCAAGGUAUUUUCUGCAACUGGACCACAACAACCCAGUCCCAAAGUUUAUUGAUCAACGUUGGAGAGGAUAUGAAGAGAAAAGACAAGAUGCCAUCAAGCAAUUGGCAAAAUAUGACUUGUCUCUUAAAAUGCAAAUCCAAGCGCCACUGGAUCCAGAUGUGUGUGGCAGAGACCGAUACAAGUAUUUCACAAGACCUAUUAUUCCUUUUGUACAACAGUUGCCUGUGAAUGUAAUUCUGGAAAUGACCAAGGAUGACUGUCUGACAGAUGAUGAGGAUUUUGAUUUUCGGACUCCAUCCAGGCAGACAGUAGGGGUGCAGACAGAUUACAGGGACAGCGAAACACAAACUGACCCAUACUCUCCAGAAUACGUUGUACGUCCUGGAUCAGCUCCUGAGCUCCUCACACUUGCUGCAUUGAAAUUUGGCCGAGGUUUACCAGCAGGCUUAGCGGAGGUGGAAAUGAUAGAACGUGCACGAGAAAAGCGGGCUUGGGAAGCUUCUAUACCUUCACUGAAUGAUCGCAGGCAACUUGAGAAAAGGAAGAAGAUGAUGGAAGAGAUUGAGAGAAAUGAGUGGGCAUUCCGGGAGCAAGAAAUUGAAAAGCUUCAAGAAAUUCGAUUAGAUGUUCUGAAGAGCUUGUUAAACCAACGCGAAGCAAAGCAACAGGAAAUGAAUGUGAAACGGAUUGAUAUACAAUGGUCCAAACAACAAAAGAAGAAAUCAGUAACGAUAAAGAAGAUAAGACUGGAGCACAUCAAAGAAAUAAGAAAAUUAACAGCUAGGAGAAGAAAUGUGGAAGGGACACUUGAACGGCGUAGCCUCAUAAAGGACUAUACAAAUUAUGGUUCAGAGGUUUAUGCACCGAUUUCUCGAACUGGUCAGUUUCCAGACCAGAACUCAGAGCGAUUUGUUGUGAAAAGCCAUUUUCUAUCCACAUACGAUGGUCUGCUAGAUUUGGAGGAUUCGCUGCCUGAUUUUGUUAUUCAACCACGUAUACGAAUUCAGAGACCAAAACUUACAACAAAGGACGGCUUCUUGAAGUAUUCUGCUCGCAAGGAAAUGGAAUUGGCUAAGCUUCAUAAGGCCUUACAGGAUGCAAAAUUUAAAGGUGAAAAGCAGGAAAAGCCUCUCCGCUUUUUGUACAAGAUUAUUAAGCCAGCUCCUCGUCCUCCAACGCCAACAGUUGAACCACCACCUGAGGGAGAGGAAGAAAAAGAACUAGCUAUCAUUUACCUGCAGAAAUUAAUAAGAGGAAGAGCUAUUCAGAAUAUGAUGUUCGAAGGCAAAGAGAAACGUAUUGAGCUACUCCAGGAACUUCGCACUACUCAUGCACUCCAGGAGGACAGGCAGCUAGCGAAGGAAGCAGAAAAGCAGGCAAUUUUAGCCUUGCAGCAAGAACGAGACGUAAAGCAACACAAGCAUUCUACAAUGGAAGACUAUCUCGCACAUGUGGAGGGUCGUGUACUUGCAGAUAUGUUUGACUUCCUGAAUAAGGAGCUUCAGCGAUUACAGGAGGAGCGACGCAUUCAUGCAAUGGUUAUGUUAGCUGAGCGCCGUCGGCGGAUCAGAGAAGCAGAAGAGAGUGGUUUACGUCAAGUGGAGGAGAGGCGCAGAAGGGAGGAGGAUGAAAUUUUCAAACAGGUUGUUAAAGUGCAUCAGACUACAGUGGACUCUUACUUGGAGGAUAUCCUUUUGAAAUCCAUACAAAAUACAGCAGAAGAUCAAGCACGCCAAGAGAUCCGUAAAAAGGCUGAUGAAAUCAAUGACAUUGCCUAUGAAAUUGAACAACACCGGACAAAUCUACAGUCAGAAGAGAUUGUUUCAGAAUUGGUGCAUGGCUUCCUUAUUCCAGAAGCACACAAAAUGAUAAUGAGGGACAGAGUAAGGCUCUUCCAAAGUAGGCAUCGACUUGCUGCCCACCGCAUUAUUCAUAAUGAGAGUGAACAAAUUAUAACAAAGACAAGUAUUCCUGAGUCACCAACAGAAACACCAUCAAGCAAGGUUGCAGCGGAUGUUCUGAACAAUACAGUCACUGAGGUUGAAGAAACGAUGAAAUGGAUGGAUAAAUCAUGAAGUGAGAAACUAGCAGAUUUUAAAGCUGCAUCUGAGAUUCGAAAAGAGAUGGUUAAUUUUCAAUUGCAGCAGAGAAAAUUGCCCAUGAGGAUAGAACUCAACCUGUUUUUAAUCCUAAUAUUUCAGCUAUAAUGAAAUCCCUCCUUAGACCAUGGAAAGUAUAGUAUGUGGAUCUCUCUCUCUCUCUCUCUCAUAGGACAUAUAGAAUAACCAAGCAGCAUUAUGUUAGCAUUGAUUCUGACCUGGCACAAUCACAAAGACAGCCCAGACCUUACUCUGCCAUUAAAUAUCACAUUCAGAUGGAAAGCGAAAAUCUACUUUUCCUAACUAUCCCCAUAACCUUUCUCCCCUUUGCUCAGUUGAUCAUGAUUUUAUCUAAUAGUGAUUUUAUACUAGAGAUAACAAAUUGGUCGACAGCUAUCCACUUAACACACUGUGUAAGUCACAUAUUGCACUUGGUCUUGUCACUAUGCAGAAAAGCAUCAUAUCAACUUCCUAUAGUAUUUGAAGAGAUCUCAAUUACAUCCAGUUAAGAGAAUCUGUGGAAUGAGCCAAUGUUUCAGAUCAAAGACCCUUCAUAGGAUCUGGUUUCUCUUUCUACAGAUGCUGCUUGACUGGCUGAGUUAUUUCAACAUUUUCUGUUUCAGAUUUCAGCAUCUGCUGUCUUGCUUGCUUUCAAUUACUUGCGAGAUACUUAAUAGUGAGGCCAUCUGCAUUCAUGUUGUUUAACAGCAAUCAAGGAAGGAAACUUUGAGGUUCAAGGACAGUUUUUGGUCAGUUAGUCUGUUUACUUUACAGGGCAAAUGGGAAGAGUCCAGAAUCAAGGCCAUUUUGGCAGAUAAGGCUCAAGGCAAAGUGAAAGACGUGCUGUGUCCAAGGCGACCUAUCACAGAGUCAGAGUUGUACAGAGGCUCUGCAUCCCACCCUGUCCAUGCAAAACUUUGUCCAUCAACAUACUACGUUCAUCCCAUUUGCGGUCUGGUUUGUAUUUUGUAACGUUGCUGCUCAGUGCCCCUACUUUGAAAUGUUACACCCAUGUCAUCAUGCCUUCUUCUGACUACCUGUGUUGCUACUUUUAAGGAAGUAUGGACUUGUACCCCGAGGUUCCUCAGUUUAUAAACAUCCCCUAGAACCCUACCAUUUACUCUUAAACCGGAUCCACGUCCUGCUGCAGCCUUAGGCAAUUUUCUCCCCUAUCUGUAAUAUCACCAACUUUCAUGCUAUCCACAAACUUACUAAUUAUACCUCCUACAUUCACAUCCAAGUUGUUCACGUGCAUCACAGACUACAAUGGUUGCAGUACUACUGGUCACAGAUGUUCAAUCAGAGAAGUACCCUUCCACCAUUACCCUCGUCUAAUCACCAAGCCAGUUUUGGAUCCAGUUAGCCAGAUUGCCUUAUAUAUAUAUGUCUUAACCUUUGGAACUUGCGUAUAAUGUGGGAUCUGGUGAACUAUCAUACUGAGGUCAAAGCAGAUAAUGGCAACUUUCGUGCCUAGUUUGAUAAUCUUAGUUAGCUCUACAAAUUAAAUGACACAGGAUUUCUCCUGCCCACUCACAUUCAGUCUAUAGCGGUGGAAAUCACGAUGCCUCACAACUUCUUUGCUACAGCUUAUUCUAAAGAGCAGCAUCGACAGAGUCUAUUCUCGUCAUGGAAAGGCAAGUAUCUCCUUUACAGAAACGUGGAUUUGCUUUGUUAGCUGGAUGGUUCACUGGGUGGUGUUGCAAAUGCUCUUCUGGUCUUCACCCAUAAACCUUGAUCUGUUCAGGAACUCCGACAAGUGAUUUCACUUCCUGAAAGAUCAAUUAGUCAGAAUCACAGCCAAAAGUAUGGCAAGUGCAAUGCAGAGGGAGCUGUCACAUAACUCCUUCAUUCCCUGACUGCACUCACUGCAUUUCAGCAGGCAUACCGGAGCAAUGCAUGGCUCUUUACAGACAAGACUAUCAUAAUAAUUCUGGAUGCCAGGCACCAGCUUGGACUUCAAUAAGUGUAGUCAAAUGCUCUGUAAUGAAAGCUAUUGAGUAUCCUACAACACUGGGAGGCAAUCAUUGGAAUUUCUGUUCAAAACUACCAAUACCUGGAUUGUUGUGGGACUGUACUGCAAUAUAUUUCAGAUUUCUCACUUUGCCAUCUGCUGUAACCUAUAUCAUCCUGUCCACAUUUGAGGACAUCAUUGCACACAGCACCACACCAGAAGAGGACUAGAAAGAAGAAUAUGAGUCAAAGGCCAAGAGGUGGGGGUAAGAGUCUCUUUUAGAUAUGCUGUCACCACCACCUUGUGCUCCCACCUUUUGCUAUAUCUGGGUAUGGUCCCUGUUUGGGCUGGUAAGUGGCAAGUUACCUUCAUGUUACACAAAUGCUUGGCAGUGAAAAUUUUCAGUGUUUGAGAGGGUCUAAACAUUUCAAAGACAAUACCUUGACUAAACACCCUGUUCUCAUCUAAAAAAUAAACAGCGUCGAAUCUUCAUUAAUCAGAAACUUACUAUGACAGAGCAGGUCAAAAUCUAGUAUCACUCAGCGAGCCACUCACCCAACUUUUGAAAGCCUUUUCCCCAUCUGCAGUGUAGGAGAUACCACUCAAAUGGAACUCCAAACCCCAUUGGCAAGAGAGACUAGUUCCAACCUUGCUGAAAAAUGAAGAGAGAGUACACAUGGUGAAGUCGAGUGGGAUCUAGGUGUUCUUCUGCAUGAAUUACAAAAAGUAAGGCAAGUUCAAUAAGUUGUUAAUAAGGCACACACCAUGUUGGUCUUUAUUAUGAAGGAGGAAGAGUUUAAUAAUAAAGAAGAUUUAAUUGCAGUUUUACAGGUUGUUGAUGAGGCCACACCUAGAAUACUGUGCACAGUUUUGGUGUCCUUGUCUAAAAAAAUGUUUGCAGCAUUGGAGGCAGUCCAAAGGAGAUUUACCAAGCUAAUUCAAAAACUAGGGGGCAUAGCUUUGUUAGAGCAAAAAAGGUUUAAUGGAUUUAUGAGUUUCAAGUUUUUUUGUUUUACACCAAGUGGUAGAUGCCUGGAACACAUUACCUGGGAAAAUUAUGGAAGCAGAAACAAUAAUAAAGUUACAGAGGCUUUGCGAUAGGCUCAAGAGCAGGCAGGGAAUGGGGUAAUGCGAUAGGCUCAAGAGCAGGCAGGGAAUGGGGUAAUGGGAUGGGAUUGGGAGGGGGCUGAAGUGCCUGUUCCUGUGUUGUUCUAGUUUCAGAGUUCUGACCCCCAAGAGAAGCAGGGAAGUAUGGGUCUCUAUUCCUUGGAAUUUAGGAUGAUGGGUGACAUCAUUUAAACUUACAAUAUCUAAAGGAGAUUAACAGGAAAAAUGUUAAGAGCUGAUUCUUCCAUUUGUGAAAACAAACUAGGAAAUAUAAUUUCAAAAUAAAGGGCUCAUCAUUUAAAACUAAGUUACAUAGAAAUUUCUGCUCCAAGGAAGGUGAACCUCUGGAAUGCUAUAUCCUGGAGAUGGAGAUAGAUAAAUAUGUUUUGCUGAGAGACUGAAAACUUAAGGAGUAUGGGGAACCGACAUAGAGAAGAGUUGAGGUCAACAUAGAUCAGACAUGAUCAUAUUGAAUGGCAGGCAAGGUUUGAAGAGCCAAAUAGCUUCCUCCUUUUAUUUUCUUCUGUUUUUGUGUGAAGUACCUUUCUUUUCCUCUUCCCUUCUUCCAUGGAGUCAAAACUAGUUUUGGACUCACUGAUUGGUGGCACACAUUAAUUAGGAAUGAGGAUGAAAUAACACCAUGGCUAAUGUUAUUUAAUGUAACUGUAGUAGAACAUUUUUUUCACCAAACUACAGUGAUUCAUAGUCAAAAACUUAUGUUGUUAAAAAAAAUGUAAUAUUGGGCAAGAAUGAACAUUAGAUUCAUUGCAUUUUGGCAUACUUUGCUAAAUAUGUAUUAUGGUUAAAAUAAAUACAAUAUUUUGUUAUAAACAGAUUCUGCAGAUGCUGGAAAUCUAGAACAGCACACAGCAAUAUUUUGCUAAAUCUUGCAUGUUGUGAGAAGAGAUUAAACAUUUUCUUUCAUUGUAAUUUUUAAAGAUACCUUCCAUCCUCAAACAUAGCUUUAUCUGUUCUUGAUGUAAUUUCUAUAUUGUGGAGA